AUGUUACGUAGACCUGUCUCGAACCCAUUUAAUCACCCACGGACCCAGCUGAAUGACUACACUCCGUUCCCGAUUGGCCUACCCGUCGAGAUUCUCUCCGGGCUCUUGGAAGAUUUCGACCGCAAGAACCGGGCCUCGGGCAUAUCCAAGGACAGCACUAACUACGAAGCAUUAUCUGCUCUGGCAAUGAACUCUGGCUCGCAUCUCAGCCAGCAUAGCCAUAUCCAAUCUUUCCAUGACGAUGAUGAAGUCUACUCAGGGUAUUUGAGCCCUGCCACGGCCCACGCCCAACCGGGGACGAUCAUCCUCCACGGGAUCGACAUUCGUUCAGAGAUCUUCCACCCCAAACUAUCGUUUAUUUCCUUUUCUGGGUGUGUGGUAUGUAUGCUCGUCUGUCUCAUCGUCAAGCUCUUUGAGACCUCGCCGGUGCCCAAAAACAUCCCAUGGGUCCUGAGUGAGAAGGGCUUCCUUGGUCGCGCGGCAGAGCGCUUCAUCGGCGUCAAUCCCAUUGGGUUCAUCCAAGAGGGAUAUGAAAAGUACUCCAAGAAUCAGGAACCCUUUGUGAUGCCGAGUGUCAACGAGGGCGAUGAAGUCAUUCUCCCCAAAGAGCAUUCCAACACCGUUCUCUUCGCCAAGGAAUCCGAAUAUAGCUUCAAGGCUCACAUCACCGACUUCUUCCAGCUCAAGUACACCAGUUGGCCCCUUGCCUUCGCCGAGAAGUAUGACUUCUUCGUCAAGUUGGUCAGCAAGGACCUGACCGAAACCCUCAAAUCCAAAGCCGUCGCCGAGUCCCUCGCCGAUGAGGCGCGAUCCUGCCUCUCCGAUAUCUGGGGUGAGGACACGGACAACUGGGUCGAGGUUCCCCUGUACUCCUUUAUGGAGAAGUCCGCGGCUCGGAUGAUCAACGUGAUGGCCAUUGGCCCCGGCAGGAGUCAUGAUACCAGUCUACUCAACGCUAUGACCAACUGCUCCAAUGCCAUCGUCUUUGGGGCCAACGUCAUCAAGGCCUUUCCUUCAUUUCUUCACCCCAUUAUCGGCCCUAUCGUAGGACUUGUGAAUAGGUGGCAAGAGCGAGUGUUCCACGUCCGUAUGAAGCCUCUCAUCGAGGCCAAGAUCAAGGAGCAGAAAGAGGCCUAUAACUCGGGGGCCCUCCAAGAAAGACUCAAGACAAACGGGAGCCUUCUCGACCUGCUCAUCCAAGCCGGCCUGCGCAGCAAGUGGCCUGUAGAACUCGAGACCAUGUGGCUGGCCUACAGGAUCUUCAUGAUCAACUUCCCCGGUGUACAUACGAGCGGUAUAUCCGCCACCAGCGCCCUUCUCGAUAUCCUGAGCUAUCCCAGCGAAGAGGGGCUCAUGGAUAUGCUCCAAGCGGAAAUCGAGCAGAUUGCCGCCCGCUCCGACGGCUCAUGGACUGCUGCCGAGGUGGAACAGGCCAGUCUGCUAGAAAGUGCCAUCAAAGAGUCUCUUCGAUUCAACGGCAUCAACGCCGUCUCGCCUACCAGAAAGGUCGUUGCACCAGAAGGUGCCCUCCUCCCCAAUGGUGUUUUCCUCCCCUACGGAACCAAAAUCGGUAUCCCCCAGUACGCCGUCCACCGCGACAGCGACCUCUACCCUAAUCCCGACGAAUACAACCCCUAUCGCUUCUACAAGGAGAACGCCACCCCCGAGGAAAGACGCCAGAAUCUCAUGACCAACACCAGCGAUACAUACCUGGUGUUUGGCCACGGCCGCCGACAAUGUCCCGGCCGGUGGCUAUUCGCUCACAUCUUCAAGGUGCUCAUCGCCGAGAUGCUCCUCAAAUAUGAAAUUAAACCAUUCGCUACGCGUCCCAAGAUCCACAGAUGGGGACGCUUCCAAUUACCGCCUCUGACAGUGAAACUGACUGUCCGCCGCAAAAAGAACACGGUCGCUGUAUACAAUUAA